UAGAGCACUCUCGUGUAUACGUCUUUCUCGACACCCGUCUAUCGCUCUAGAUAUUUUUAUUUAGUUUUAACGGUUUGCCCUGAUUUUUUCGUACACCACAAUGAAAUCGAUAGUAGUACUAGCAGUAUUGAUGAUUCCGUUGAUGUUCGAUGUGGCUGUAAACUCGCACCUCGACGAGGAAGUGAAUGAGGUGAUGGAAGUUCCUCCGGGUAUCCAAGAUAAAUGUCCGGCGCAGAGUGGAUACUCGGAGUAUUACCAAGUCACCGUUAUGUCAUCAAAUACGUCACUGGUUAGUGGAUGCGCCUACAUACAAUUCAACAUUGUCGACAGCAAGAGACAAUCAUUUAGUUUGUGGCUCAGCAAUUUACCACGCACCGGGAAACGUUGCCGUGAGCAUAACUAUACAGAUAUGGAACAUUACCAUUUUAACUGUGUGUUAAAAUCACCUUCGCCGUCAGAUGACACCAACAAGGGACGUGUAUACGUAAGGCUAUACGGUCCAGCCACCAAAACUCCUGGCAAAGUAAAUGUCAAAUGUGCCAUGUUCGAGACUGUAAAAGGAAAUUCUACGAUGUUUCGGAUGGCAAUAAGUGGCAACGUCAAAUGCAACGGUCUAUCAGAAAUGCUAUUUUACCCAAAACCAAUGAUGUCCAUGCCCGAAUCAAACAACGGGUCAAUUUUGCUUAGAUUAAAUAGAUAUCAUGAAGCUGUUGAAAAUCAAGUACCUGUGUUGCUACAAAAUAUACCCAAUGAACCACAUGGAUGGUAA